UGAAAGACAAAACGUUGCAAAACUCAUCCACUCAAACAGACCCUACUGAUGUCGGGGUGACAGCAGAGGGAGAUAAUACAAGAGGGAGAACACAAGAGGAAAACAACAGUGACCCUCACAUUCACAAACUUGCUGGUAAAUGCCGCUUCACGCUGAGGAUGCGUGGAAACAGAAGCAGUGAUGUGGCGGCAUUGCCAGCGGACUCCACAGAUGUGCUCGUUGAACAGAUGUGUCAGGAUCUGGACUGCGGCAGCGUCUAUCAUGUGACCAAAACCAAAUCACCUUCCAAUGCCACCUGCUUUGACGACUGUUUGUACCGAGACGGUCGUUUGCAGAACUGUUCACAGAGUGUAGGCGGUAACUGCAUCCUGAUUGCUGAAGCAAUUUGUGGCCACCAGGCUGUGCGGCUGGCAGGAGGGGAAGACCGCUGUGCUGGGCGGGUGGAGCUGUGGAGAGACAGGAGGUGGGGCACCGUGUGCGAUGACCAGUGGGACCUGCGAGACGCUGACGUGGUGUGCGGCCAGCUCGGCUGCGGUUACGCCCUCAGUGUGACGGGACAGGGCGGCUCCUUCCCCCCGGGCAGAGGACCGGUCCACCUGGACGAGCUGAACUGUACCGGUAGAGAGGAGAACCUGUGGGCCUGUCCGGCCGCACAGGACGACCCCGACUGCGGACACAAAGAGGACGCUGGGGUCGUAUGCUCAGAGAUGAGAGCAGUCAGACUGACGGGAGGUCUGGACCAUUGUUCUGGUAAAGUGGAGGUCCACCGCAAUGGCAGCUGGGGUACUGUGUGUGAUAACUGCUGGAACAAGAACAUGGCCUCCAUGGUGUGCUCCAUGCUGCGGUGCGGUGCCGAGCCGCAGAAGUACUCCCGAUUUCUUCCUUCUCUCGCCCUCAACGACGGGGCGCUGUGGUACUAUCAAUGCGACCCAAACACGCAGAGUCUGUGGCAGUGCGCGGAGUUCGUCAACCAAACGCACCUGUGCCAGACCUCAAAGGCAUCCGGGGUGAUCUGUAAUGGUUCCCUCGGGUUUCCUGCAGCCACCACAGCCACCACAGCCACCACAACUAAUGCGACUGUAUUGACCAGAUGGACUGGAGCAACCUCAGUCGUUGGUGCUGAAGGCUUCCACUUGCGGUUUCCAGAGCUCAUCAGCACCAUCGCUCUGGCUCUUCUUCUCCUCGUGGUUCUCAUCACAAACUCGGUGCUGUGCUGCCAUUACAGAAGACGACACGCUAUCUUGCUCCGGCAGACUCGCAACAGCUCACGACCGACCUCCGAACAUCAUCAUUACCAAGGCGCCGUCGACCUCGUUAAGGUCACUCCCAACCCACUGCAUACAGAAGUCCCCUCCAAUCCCAGGUAUUUUUGGACCCAGCUUAGUAGCGUUGACAGCACGUCAGUAGAUACAGACUAUGAGCAGUAUGAGCCAAGCAAUGAGCCGUCUGUCCCUUUAUCAACCUUUCGGAAUUCUCAGCGGUACAGAGUUGACGUGAACCCUUUGAUGAGGCCCUCAGGUCUCGACAGCCUCUGCGAGGAACCUCCUGAACCCACAGAGGAAGCGAUGGGAGUCUUUACAGGCUGCAAUGGCAGCCCCGCAGAGGCUCCAUAUGCCAGAGUGUCAAAGAUCUCAGUGGACUCAUUCGGCACCUCCAGCACCUCCUCCGGGGAAUGCUACGAAAACACAGACAACGGCUACGCCCUGGUCACCCCAGAUUCAGGACCUGCCCAGUCAUCUGUCGUCAACGAUGCCUUUGACCCUUCAAAGCUCGUCUACAGCAAAGAUCAGCUUUACCCGGCGAAAACGACCAACCUGCAGAGUUCAAGUGACGAAGACGACGGCCCCGUCUACUCUCCCGUGAGCCCCGACCAAGACUCUCCAUCUGAGGACGACUACGACGACGUCGGCACGGCUCAGUAACCAGAGGAGGUAACUCAAGAGACUAGAGAGUGCGGGACUGGAACUGACAACUGCACAGAGAGGAAACGUGUACUGUAAGCACCUGUUUUGAGGAAGGAAACCCAAUGACUAACUACGGUUUCCUGUGAACCGCAUUAAUACGUUUAAUGUGCAGCUGUUGAGACUCGACGUGUGAUUGAUCCACUGCAGGUAUCACAAAAACAUAUUGGUGCCCUUUUUGCCAAGCAAAUUUGGAUGUUGUGAAAAGGAUGAUGUGCGAUUUGCUUUGAAAAGUUCUUGCUUUCAGAUGCAUUGCCAUGCAAAUAUUAUUUAACAAAAACAAAUUCAACAAAAUGUUCACUGUGACGCAGCAAUGACUACCAGGACGGUAGGAAAUCAAACUGAGAAGUUAAGGCAUAUUUAGCUAUUCUGUGAAUGUAGUGGCAACUGUAACAUAUGUAUGGUUUUUAUUUGUAAUAUUUAACUAAUGUGUUGUGUAUGUAAUAACUAGUAUGUGUUCAAUCAAUGUGCUAAUGUUUGCUUUGUAUUUUCCUGCAGAGAUCAGUACAUUCAAACUAUAGAGUUCCUACGUGAUCUCUAGAACUGUGACAUGCACUACAUGGCCAAAAGUAUGCGGACAUCCGAACAUUACACCCAUAUGUGAUUGUUGAUUCUAAAACUAUGAGCUUUAUUCUGCUGCUGCAACAGCCUCCACUCUUCUAGGGAGGUUUACUACAAGAUUUUAGAACCUGGCUGCAGGAAUUUGAUCCCAUUCAGCACCCAGCACCAAGAGCGUUCAUGUUGAAAAAGGUAGAAAGUCGUCUUCAAAAGCACAAGAAUAUACAACUGUUUGCAGUCGUAUUAACGUUUCCCAACAACUACAAUAAAUGACCCCAGACCAAAUGCACACAACAGUAAGUGUCCUUACACUUUUGGCCAUGUAGUGUGUUCAAAUAAUGUUUGCAACACAUCAUUCGGGUAAAAGUGUGAUCAAGCUAUUGAGUCCUACCACAAGGUGGCAUUAUGAGCUUGUAGUUUUUGGGGGUUUUUUUCUGACUGGAGUAAAGCCCUUUCAUAUAAACUACAAACACAAACAAACUUGUAAUGCCAUCAAAUAUUUGCCAAAUAAAUGUUAUCCAGGCUGUAACACUUUUAUUCAAAUACAUAUGCGUGCUAAGCGAGGGAGAAGUUGAAAACAACGCUCUGUGAAAACGUUUCUGAAGGGGAACUCUGGAUCCUGAUCAGGGGCCAACAUAAACCGUCAGUGCGGUUUGAAACCAGACCUGGCACGGCUCUUCUCGGUCCAUUACGUCUGCAGCAGCUGCAGAGCAUCAACGCUUCCCCCUGAUCCAAAGUGAUGCCUUGAAUCAAAGUGAUGUCUUGUUUUGUCGAAGGAAAUAUGACAAACUGCUCUCGAAAGCACCUGUGAAACUUUUAGUAGGGGGCGGGGGCGAUGAAUGCAACAGAUGAGCAUGGAUUAGCUCGGCUAACGUGAGAAUCAGGGAGUGAUGAUGCAUUAGGCUGAUAACCCAGCAGAAUUGGGUGUUUUUUGACUGGAAGGUAUUUGGCACAGGACGACGAGUGUGUGUCGGGGUGUGCGGAGGGGGAGGAUGGGGGGAGAAAAGGAGGAGGUGGACGGAGAAGUCGGCAGAGAUAACGCGUGUCUGAGAGAACCGUAUAUUGCACUCAAAUUUAGUCCAGAGCUCUGCGUCGAGAUAAACAGGCGAAUUAACGACCAGAUCUCCUUAUGAAACUCAAUCUCUUUCACAUGCCGGAGAAUCCAGCACACACACAUACACACACACACCAACCCACACCCACUUAACAGAGAUUCCAUCUAAAACUAUGCAACCUGAUAUAUUACAGAUCCUCCUCCAACAGUUUGCUUUUGUUUUAUUCUGCUCUGAGAGAUCAAUGAAUCAAAAUCUUAAAAUCUGCGGAUUUACAGGCCUGAUUAACAUCAAGGGGAAAGAAAUGUAGCACACCAGUAUUUCAAGUAGCUUGUAGUAUUUGAGGGAUUAGAAGAUCAACCCUCUGUUUUUACUUUGUUCAUUAAAUCAGUUACACACAACGGAUUACGGCUCCAUAAGUCCGUAAGUUGCUUAAAGUGUCCCGACAACAGAUCCUGCACGAGUUUAAACUUUUGAACUCUGUUUGGUGCUGGAGGCCUGGAGACGACAGUACCUGCCUGCAGUAUAUGUGGCACAAGCUGGAAUCACAGCUGCAGCAGCUUCUAGUUAGGACUCUUUUUGAGACAA